AUGGUACUGCUCAGACACUCAACACGGCGUUCAUGCCUUUGGCGCUUUCCGCAUGCCCUUUGUGCCAGGCCAUUGCCCAAGUCAACUUGCCUGUCGCGGCUCCAGGCAAACCAGACACUGCAUCUAAGCUCAGCAAGCUCAGCAACGCGUGAACUGGCCAGGUUCCUGACAGUCUCAGACGAGGUUCAAGAUGCCAUCGCAACAAACAAGCCAGUGGUGGCACUCGAGUCAACCAUCUACACCCACGGUGCCCUAGGCAGAGACCUCCCGGAGCUCCUUGAAUCUGUCGUCCGUGAGCAUGGCGCAGUCCCUGCCACAAUAGGUGUGCUCGAUGGCGUGGCCAAGGUCGGACUCAGCCCCGCCGAGAUUGACCGUAUGGUCCAAGAGGGCGCGAGAAAGAUCUCGAGGAGGGAUCUCGCCUACGUUGUCGGCACGGGCAUGUCGGGGCGGAAACUCCACGGAGGCACGACCAUCGCUGGAACAAUGCUGCUCGCCCAGGCUGCUGGAAUCCGCAUCUUUGGCACCGGCGGGCUUGGAGGUGUCCACCGCGGCGGUGAGACCUCGAUGGACAUUUCCGCAGACUUGACGGAGCUUGGUCGCACCAGGGUGGCGGUGAUCAGCAGCGGGCCCAAGGGCUUCUUGGACAUCCCACGAACGCUGGAGUAUCUGGAGACGCAGGGUGUACUCGUUGCUACCUUUGCGGACGGACGCAGCGGCGACGUCGACCUCCCUGCGUUCUGGGCCCGAGAGAGCGGCAUCAGGAGCCCGUUUACGGUACAUGAUGAGAAGCAGGCCGCUGCCAUAAUCCUGGCCCAGGAGAAACUCGGGGUCGAGAGUGGAAUGUUGCUUGCAAACCCGAUCCCUGAAGAGCAUGAGAUACCAAGGGAAGUGAUGGACAAGAUCAUUGACACAGCGGUGCGUGAUGCGGACGAGCAGGGCUUCACUGGGAGUGCGAAUACUCCUUUCAUACUCAAGCGGAUCAGGGAGCUGAGCAAUGACCGGAGCGCGCCUGCAAACUUGCACCUUGUACAGUCUAAUGUGGCCCGGGCAGCAAGAGUUGCUUCUGAGCUUUACAAACUUGAGAACGGAGCUGGGACUGCAAGGUCACACCACCAACCAGCUCCACCAGUAUUACAUGCUCAGGGGCAGGAGGAGCAGGGACUUCCAGAGGUGAAAGAUGGUUCAUCCAAAGCCGACAUCUUAGUCGCUGGCUCGGUCGCUCUCGACCUCAAUUGCAACUUUCAUAACGACAGAUACACUGAUCCCAAGCCUGUCUCACCCGUACUGUACACGUCCAAUCCUGCGGGGAUCACCCAAUCCAUAGGCGGCGUCGGCCACAACGUUGCGCUGGCUGCGCAGAGUAUACACCGCGGCCUCAAGGUCAAGUUAUGUAGCAUGAUUGGCAGCGACAUCGCUGGCGCAACCAUACUUACAAGCAUGGAAAAGAAUGGGCUCGAUACCGACUUCAUUCGUCAACUGGGCCCCGAGUACGCCUCUGCACGGACAGCCCAGUACGUUGCAGUCAACGACGCGGACAAGAGCCUGUUCACAGCAAUGGCGGACAUGGCCAUUUUGACCGCACACUCCUUCCCUACGUAUUGGGCCUCCAUCAUCAAGGCCACGAAGCCCAAUUGGCUGGUGGUGGAUGGCAACUGGUCACCAAAGGAUAUCCACAAUUGGAUCAAGACCGGAGGCCAAAGUGGUGCGAAAGUCGCAUACGAGCCCGUGUCGACUGUCAAGGCGGCAGGAUUGUUCCCCGAAGGCCACAAGCUACCUCUCUUCCCACAGGUUGCUGUCACCAUUGCGACGCCGAACCAAUACGAGCUGGCGGCCAUGUAUACAGCUGCUAAGGACAAUGGCUACCUUGACAGCAUACCGUGGUUCGAGGUCAUCGACGCCUUCGGCAUGCACGGCGGCGCGAGGGAGAGGUUUGUACAGCUCACGUCGGCAGAGAUCACGGACGCAGGGCUGCCGGUGCAGAGCAUCCAGCUGCUGCCGUACAUACCUACCAUCAUCACAAAGAUGGGAGACAAGGGCGCCCUGCUCACCACGAUCCUGAAGCCAAACGACCCCCGCCUGUUCGACCCCGAGCAUGAGCGGUACAUCCUCACCAGGGCGCAGCCGGGCCACCCGUCGGUUGGGGCCGUCUACAUGAGGCUCUACCCGGCUGUAGAGAGGGUCGGCACUCCCAUAUCGGUCAAUGGCAUGGGCGACACGUUCCUCGGGACACUGGUUGCGGGCUUGGCCCUGGGAGGCAGGGCGGAGGAUCUGGUUGAUGUCGCGCAGAACGCGGCCGUCAUGACACUCAAGAGCCACCUGAGCGUGAGCCCGGACCUAGGGGCUUUGGGACAGAAGCUUUUGGCUGCCUGUGGGCAGGAGAGGGCUUGA